AUGAAACUGAGAGGGAUAUGAACAGAAUUCACUAAACCGCGUUGCGAUUCGGUUGUGUUCAUUUUUAUUUGCAUUGUGUGUCCGCGCUGCUGGCUGUGUCUUUUUUUUCGUUUUAAAUGGAAAUACAAAUAUCUUCUAAUAAGGAUGAUAAAAAUUGUGUACGCACAUGACACUCGAUAAAAACCGAACAGUAAAUCGACAAUUUGCGGAAAAAAAUAUUUUUUUUUAUUUUAAAUUUUACAAAGUGCUAAAGAUAAAAUAAAUUCAAUUCCGAUUACAAUAAGUGAUUAUAAUGGAGGCCUUAAGGGCCGUUAGUUAUUUGGUAUUUUGCUGGACGAUAUUUGUGAUACUAUUAUCAGUCGCAUCUGCAACACCACCGGUGCGACCAGGAACCGGAAAUCCAUCACCACGUCUACCCCGAACGAGUGCGAGUCAAUUGUCUCAAUUGAACAAUGUGACCGGUAUUAAGACAAAUGCAACGAAAAGUCCAAAUACUCAACGAAAUGGAAAUCUAAGAACACGGUCAGUCAAUAUGAAGUAUCCGAGUGGCGAACAACAAUUGUUGAAUGUGUUCGAGGUGGUUGUGUCUACAUUGGAGGGAAAACUGCAACGGAUCGACAAUUUGGACAAAGCAGUGGAACAUCUAAUGAGACGUGUAGAGCAACUGGACGAUCGGGUGGCUGACAAUAUUCUGAAAACCGAUGCCGUCAUAUCAAAUUUACAGAAUCUCGAUAACAAAAUAUCGAUCGAUAAUCAGGACAUUGGUCAAUUCGGAUCGUCGCUGAAGAUGUCGUCGAAUGUGUUGGAAACGAGUUUACUGUCACUGGAUCAAAAAGUCAGUGAUAUCGAUUCGAAGCUCGAAGGAUUGAAGAGUCAAAUCGAUAAUAAUUUCUUACCCGUUGACGACAUAAAUGCCGAAGCGAGUGAAAAGAAACCGAUCAGCAUGAAUGUAAUUGAAAUCACUCGAUCGAUGAAUGCGGAAGUGAUCAGUCACGUGACAAAUGAAUUGGGUGACCUAAAGUCUACCACAGAAGAUCUGGACAAGAAAUUGCAAUUUCACAUCAAUUUGGUGUCCGAAAAUAUUGGCAAAGUUUUGCUCAUGAUUGGUGAUAUUCAUGAAGCGGUCGUCGAUCAUCACGAAGAUCCUACCUAUAAUGCAACGACGACUCAAGCGCCAAUGGUUAGAACGAGUAAAAUUGAUACGUUAGUAAAUCAGAUGAAGCCAAUUAUGACGGUAUCGGAGAAAAUGGACGAAGUGUGGGAUGUUGUUGUUGGAACGAAAAGUUCCGUCGACCAUUUGGUGCCAAAGAGCGACGAGUUGUUGACUCAAACGCAACGUCAGGAGCGAGCCAUUGGUGAAAUUCAUCACGAUUUGAAGACGAAAACCAAUUUGAUCAUUAACAACUUGGACAUUGUUGAGAAACGAUUGAAGAAACAGGAAGACGACGUUGCUGUAUUGGCACAACGACCCGUUCCACCGGAAUUGCUAAUGGAUCCAACAAUCGAUAGGCUCGUUGAAUAUGAUCAUAAUAGGUACUCGUUAUACGAAGAUUUCACCGAACCGCCACUACCCCCAACGACGUUUCCACCCGUUGGAACAACGACUACAACUCAGUCGAAUGUCUACGUGAAUUUCACUACCCAAAACAGCAACACCAUUCCCUACGUCAAUGGGACAACUUCGAAACCAGUUUCACGUAAAGGUGGCAUCAUUUUCCCCAGUGUUAAGAACAAACCGUCCGUCGUCAAUUCGACUUUCGCAACAGAUGCUUUGAGCUACAAGGACGUGAAGGGAUUUUCGUGCAUUGAUCUAUUGAAUGCUGGUAUGCGACAUUCAGGCGUUUAUUAUCUGCAAAUCAGAGGAACCACCUAUUGGUUCUUGAAAGUGUUCUGUGAACAAGAAAUCGCUGAUGGCGGUUGGACGGUAAUCCAACGGCGAGACGAUUUCGGUGAGCCACGGGAAAAUUUCAAUCGAGACUGGGCCGAUUAUAAAAAUGGUUUCGGUGAUCCAGCCAAGGAAUUCUGGUUGGGCAACGAGAACAUUUACAUGUUAACCAACAACGAGGAUUAUUCACUGCGUGUGGAACUGGAAGAUUUCGAAGGAAAUAAGAGAUACGCCCAAUAUUCUCAUUUCAAAAUCCAUUCGGAAAGCGAUUACUACAAAUUGGAAAUUGAUGGUUACGAUGGCAAUGCCGGUGAUUCCUUAAACGAUCCGUGGUACGGAUCGAACAACAGUCCAUUUUCCACGUAUAAUCGCGACAAUGAUAGAAGUUCGUUGAACUGUGCGAGUAUGUUGAAGGGUGGUUGGUGGUGGAAGUCUUGUGGUCGUGGACUAAAUGGAUUGUACCUUCACGAUCCGCAAGAUUUAACCGCUCGACAGGGCAUCGUAUGGUUCCGUUGGCGUGGAUGGGAUUAUACACUCAAAAAAGCCACACUGAUGAUCCGACCCAAAGGGCCACAACAAUCGGUGCCACUGACUAAAUAGAAGCAGCACAAAACAAAGAGAAAAAUGAAACAAAAAAUUUACGAAAAACAAAAACAAAAUUUUUCAUUUAAGAAUUUAGGCAAAAGUUUGUUUGAACGUAUGUAGAGAUGCCAAUGAUCACUUGAGAGAGAUUAAAUAGAGAAAAUUUAACAGAGCAAUGUUGGC